AUGCGGGACACAGGUGAUGGACAGGCUCAGGGAGCAAGUUUCCGAGGUUGGAAAGAAGUGACUUCUCUGUUUAAUAAAGAUGAUGAACAACAUCUGCUUGAAAGAUGUAAAUCUCCAAAGUCUAAAGGAUCUAACUUACGUUUAAAGGAAGAAUCGAAGACAGAGAAGAAAGCUGGAUUUUGGGACAAUUUGGUUUUAAAGCAGAAUAUGCAGUCCAGAAAACCGGAUGAGAUUGAAGGCUGGGAACCUCCACAGUUUGCCCUGGAGGAUGCAGCAGCUGGCUCAGGGGACUCCGUGCACAGCCGGCAGCUCUGGACGGGCUGGGAGGGUGAGGACAAGGGCUCCAGCAGGUACAGCAGCCUGACCAGCUCAGCCAGCAGUGCCAGGUGGAGCCUCCGGUCAGCGGGGAGGUUGGUCAGCCUCAGACGGCACAGCAAGGGUCACCUGGCAGAUGCCCAGGAGGAGGUGGAGUGA